AUGGCGAAGCAAUUGUAUUCGAGGUGCCGCCAACGGAAAGGUUUAUGCGUCCAGAAAGCCCGGAAAAAUGGACCUGGUUACAUUUUAAAUACGUUGAUUGAGGACUUAUUACAAAUAGAGCAACUGAAGAAGGAUCUGAGCAUGAAGAAAAACAUCGUGAUUAUUAGUGGAGCUGGAAUUUCCACUAAUGCAGGCGGUAAGUUUCAACACUAA